GUGACACCUUUAUUGACAGCGAACGUUCCAAGCCCAAUGUAAAUACCGUUAUCCGAGCAAGCACAUACCCCCUUCCUUUCAUUCCCCUUCUGUCCUUGCUGCAUCUAUCUGUCGUUCUUUGUUUUUUUCUUUUCACUCACAGCAAGUAGAAAAUAUGAAGAAAUUCUUCGAAGACAUAAAGAAAGACAUUAAGUUCAAGUCAGCAGGACCAGGAAAGAAACUAACGGACGACAGCAGCAGCUCUGAUGGCCCCGCGCCGCAGAAGAGCAGCCAGCCCAAGCCCCGCCCCCGGCCCACAGAGGGGGCGCAGAGAGCGGGCGCGGCGGCACUGGCCAGGAUCGAGCAGAGACAGCAGCCCUGCCCCGGCUCCUCCCACAGCGCCAUCCGUAACCAGGUGAAGAAAGAGCUGGAAGCCGCAGCUGCAGCAGACGCUGGACAGACGGCAGCAGAGAGUUCCCAGGGACCAGUUAAGGACGUCGCGAGUCUCUCGGUGUCCGGAGUGUUCUUUAUCUGCCCUCUCACCGGGGCCACCUUAACAAAGAACGAGAAGGAGGCUCACAUUAAAGAGGCCAUUCUCAAGAGGCUGGAAGAGGACCCAGUGGAAGCCUCCAUUAUGAUGAUCUACACCUUCAAUAAGGACAGGGAGAAAGUGAAGGCCGGGGUGGACAUCAUCAGCAAGUACGUCGACAACAUCCUCAGCAACCCCACAGAGGAGAAGUACAGGAAGAUCAAACGGAGCAACAAGGUGUUCCAGGAGAAGGUGAGCUCUUUGGAAGGCUCCACAGAGUUCCUGCAGGCCGUGGGCUUCCAGAGUGUCACGCUACCUGUGGACGGUUACCAAGAGCAGAGCGAGGACUUCCUGUGGCUGGAGGAGCAGGAUCCCGGGGCGCUGGAGGCGCUGAGGGAGGCCCGGGACCGCCUGCAGGGGGGGGAGCCCGUGAGGGCGCGGCUGGACCGCAGGCCCCAGGCCCUCCGCCCCUCCCCCCACGCCACGCGCUUCGAGCUCCCGCCCGACUUCUACAACCUCACCGCCGAGGAGCUCAAGAGAGAGCAGCAGCUCCGGUCCGAGGUGGUGGAGAGGAGUGCGAUGCUGAGGACGAAGGCCAUGCGAGAGAGGGAGGAGCAGAGGGAGAGGAAGAAGCACAACUACACCCUGCUGAGAGUGCGUCUGCCUGACGGGACCCUGCUGCAGGGCACCUUCCUGGCCCGGGAGCGAGUAGGGGCCCUGUUCCAGUUCGUGCGGGAGGCCCUGGUGGACGGCUGGCAGGCCUUUGAGCUGGUGGCCCCCGGGGGCCACAGGCUGAAGGAGGAGGAGGAGGUGGCCCUCAACGAGUGCGGCCUGGUCCCGUCCGCGCUGCUCUCGCUGUCCUGGGACGCCGCGGUUCAGGCAGACAUGGCCGCCGCAGGGGGACAGAGCGUCGCUCUGCUCAGACCAGAGCUGCUGGAGAACAUUCAGACCAUCAGCUGAGAGGCCCCGCCCCUUUCACGUCCCCUCGUCCUCCACUCUCGCGCCUCUGUGAAGGCCCCGCCCCCUUUCUCAGCCCCUCCCGUCCUGUACUCUCAUGCCUCUUCAGAGGCCACGCCCCCUUCUGUCCUGUAUUCUCAGGCCUUGCCUCUUCAGAGGCCACACCCCCUUCUGUCCUGUAUUCUCAGGCCUCGCCUCUUCAGAGGCCACGCCCCCUUCUGUCCUGUAUUCUCACGCCUCUGCAAAAGCCCCGCCCCCUUUCACGUCUCUGCAGAGCAGCAGCCACUCACUGCGCGAUGGUGUAGCACAAAGAGGGAGGGGCUUAGACGGGAGAGAGAGCCGGGGAAAAGAGGAAUCUGGAUCGAGAUGCUGGACUGCGUUUUUUUUUUUAUCGGUUGCCUGAAAGACAUGGCACGGCCGGGUCACCUGCAGGAGCACGCUUCAGGUGUGUGUGUGUGUGUGCGUGUGGCACCCAGACGGGGCGUGAGUGUGAAGGACGCAGGUCAGAGGUCACCAUCAGUCACGCCGCGCCAGUGCGGCCAACGUGCACGCAGGGAGCCAAAAAAACGUGAGCAGGAAAACGUGUGUUCUGUCUGCAAAGCUUUUUUUCCUUCUUCCAUGUGGUGAUGCAGUACGUGUGUUUACAUUGUGUGUGAAUGUGUGUGUGAGAAAAAGAGAUUAUACAUACUGCACUCCUGCUCUGACAAAUGCACACCUCCCAGAAUGUCUGGCUUACAGUUAUAUAUGCUCCUUGCCAAUUUGAGACUUAAUGCUGCUUGGAGCACAAGACACAGGUGGGCAGGAUAUUAAUGCACACCAACUACUGGCUCAGUCACACACUACAGUGCGAGCAAUCAGAUGGAGUUUGUACCCAACUGAGCAAUGCACCCAGCUAUCUUAUCUUCCAUUGAACGUUUUUAGGAGAUUUUCACACUACAUUUUGACAGCAAGACAUGCAUUUGACUGCCUCCUUGUGGCCAGCACAGCUAGUGCAUGGGCUUGUCAGUCAUUGGUUAGAAAUGUAUACAAUAUUAUACUCGUCAAUGGGAUUAUUUCCAAUUCGGGGCUAGCAUUCAUAAAGCAGGGGUGCUGAUCUAGGGUAAGUUUUUCCUCGUAGCUCAUAAUAGAUUAGGUUGGGAUUAUGGACAGGGAAAACUGAUCCAAGAUUACUGAUCCUAACCCAGCUGCUUUCUGCAGAGAUCCCUUUUCAGCACCUGGAAAAGUUCUGAAAAGAAGGCCUGAAUGUUUUCAGCAAGGGGGAGGGGAAGCUUAAAUUUGACCAUUACAUCUGACCCUGGUCCAGAGCAAGUGGAUUCUGUAGACAAUCUCCUAUCCUGAUCCAAAAACAGGGUUACCCAAAGAUGCCCUGGAGAAUCCAGGCCAUUUUAAGUGUUCUGAUGCUGUGACACUCAUGCAGAAAAGUCUGCUGUGAUGGAGUUCCCAAUGAUUUUUGUUUUAAGUCAGAAACCGAUUCAGUCCCUAAAAAUAAAACA